GCCCACUUUGACAAAUUAGAUCAUUCUCUCUAUCUCUAUCUCCUCUCUUUCUCUCUCUCUUGUCUCUAGCUUUCCUUUGUUAAUACCAGAGACUCUGUUGCAUCCGAUAUGGUGGUGGUGGAGGAAGAAAGAAGCAUAGAAGGAGGGCUUUUACAGCUCGAUAAUCAAAACGACGAUCCUGAAUGUCGUAUUACAGCUUGUGUUAUCUUUAGCACUGUUGUUGCCAUUUGUGCAUCCUUCUCUUUUGGUGUUGCUACUGGUUAUACAUCAGGUGCUGAGAUAGAACUUAUGAAGGAUUUAGAUCUUUCUAUCGCGCAAUUUUCAGCGUUUGGCUCAUUGGCCACGUUAGGAGCUGCAGUUGGUGCACUGUUCAGCGGUAAAAUGGCUAUGGUCCUCGGCAGAAGAGGGACAAUGUGGGUCUCAGACAUCCUAAGCAUCACUGGUUGGCUUUCCAUCGCUUUUGACAAGGAUGUGAUGUUGCUGAACUUCGGAAGAAUCUCCUCAGGGAUAGGUUUCGGCUUGACUAGCUAUGUGGUACCUGUCUAUAUAGCAGAAAUUGCACCGAAACAUGUCUGCGGUACAUUUACCUUUUCAAAUCAGCUUCUUCAAAAUGCUGGACUCGCCAUAGUUUAUUUUUGUGGGAUUUUCAUGACUUGGAGGAUGUUGGCUGUUCUAGGUGCUUUACCAUGCAUCAUUCAAGUAAUCGGUUUAUUCUUCGUACCAGAGUCCCCAAGAUGGCUGGCAAAAGUUGGUACAGAUAAAGAACUCGAAAAUUCACUGCUUCGGCUUAGAGGGAGAGAUGCUGAUAUUUCACGUGAAGCCUCCGAUUUUAAGGUUAUGACCAAAAUGGUAGAAAAUGAUUCGAGGUCGAGUUUUUGUGAUUUGUUCCAGAGAAAAUAUAGAUACACCCUCGUGGUAGGAGUCGGGCUAAUGUUGACACAACAAUUCUCAGGAAGUGCUGCUGUAAUCUCUUAUGCAAGUACCAUUUUUAGAAAAUCUGGUUUUCCGGUGGCAAUUGGAAUGAUGAUGUUAAGCCUCUUCGUGAUGCCAAAAACCAUGAUUGGUCUCAUUCUUGUCGAUAAAUGGGGCAGACGUCCUCUCUUGUUGAUGAGCACGUCUUUACUUUUUACCAGAAGGUUUCCGGGAGCUGGUCUAGCUUGUGAACCGGUUGGUUCAAUUGAGUCCGGUUGGGACUUGGUUAUUCACUAA